AGGCAAGUGAGGGGAGAGGGGUAGUGGUGGGGGCUAUGGGCAGGCCCUGUAAGGAAAAUGCAGAACGCUGGAGGGAAGUGCCUUUCUAAACUGAAACCUGCACUCACGCUUUUUGCAAAGCCCCCCACACCCACACUUGCGUGGUGACCAUUCAAAAAGAUCUGCCACUUCUGCAAUGGAUAGUAUCUAAAAAAGAAUUCUGCUAAAAAUGCAACAAACACACCUAUUUAUUUUUGCUUGGCUUGGUAACCACUUGUAACUUUCAGAGAAGCACUAUGAGUGGUGAAUUUUGAGUAAAACCUACACUCUUCUGUUGUUGCCGUGUUAAUAUUUGCUUUUUCUGCCAAAAUGCAGCAGAUUUUACAUAAUGUCACUUCACCAACGUGUUGUACAGCCGCUAUUAUGAGAGAUUUCUGAAACAAUGGUUUAUUGAGUGAGGAACUGAGGAAAAGUAAGGUCAGUAGCUUAUGAAAAAGUACAUCCUCUGUACAAAGAUAAACAUGGUACGUCUUCACUUAUGUUGUUCCAAAAUCCAUGGCAUUUCUUGUUUCACCAGCUAAUGAUGGUCCUUAAAAAUUAAAUUCUUUCACUGAAAAAGUCUGUAUUUAGUGGCAUAACAUGGGAGAUAAUGAAGCUUUGCAUAAUAACCGUUUGGUAAAAUACUCUCCUCUUUCAAUAUGAAGAGAAGAGGUGCUGUCGGAAGUAAAGUUGUGAGGAUGGUUUGUGAGUCAUGCUUCAGUAGCUCAGUCAGUAGAGCCCUUGCCUGCGAAAGGCAAAGGUCCCGAGUUUGAGCCUCAGUCUGGCACACAGUUUUAAACUACCAGGAAGUUAUUCUCCUAUUUGCAUGGUAUUAGUUGACAGAAUCUCAUUAUGAUAUCUCAAACCAUUUAUAAAACAUGAGAAAGGUUGUAAAUAUUUCACUCUGGCUACAUCACUGGUGCACACAAUCGCCAUUGAGUGUGCUACAUCAGAUCGGUUUUCUUGAGCUUGGUGACAGAUAGAGACCUCCACCCAAGUCCAAAGAAAAAUUCAAUAUGUUAGCUAAGUUCCAUACGGAGAAGCAUAUUACACAUUUUCUUGCUACAUUUUCCCUUUUUUUAAAAUACAUUUACACUUAUCACGUAUCAUUUCACAUAAUAUUUCUUUCAUACCAAACUCUUGAUUGAUUUGUUUUUAUAUCGCACAUUUGUUCUCUUUUUGCAUAAAAUUUUGUAACAUGAAACAUCCAUAGUAGCAACAUUAUGUUGAACUGAAAUCUGUGUUUUCUGAAAAUUAUCUGAUGAACAACAUUAAAGUGUCUGCAGAUUGAAAACUCUGUAUUUCACUGCCAUAUUUAAUCAAUGACAUCCACAUUUUUCCCCAGUAAGAGCAAGGAGCACAGGACACAAGUUGCUGUCGUGUCUUGUUUCCAUUUCUUUGAAUCUCUAUUCUUCUUUUUCUUUUUUACAUACAAAAGAGAAAAUAUCCUGGACAAGGAGAGAAGUAAUUGUUUAGACAAGUUGAGUCAUUAUUGAAACCCUUAUGGGAGGCCGAGAACAAGUCUGCACUGACAAAGAGAGAUACAGCAAAUAUAUGAAGUUUGAUAGCAAGGAUGAAGUUACAGAAAAAGUAAGCAAACUUGCUACUUGGAUCCAAGAAGCCAAACAUGUUGUUGUCCAUACUGGUGCAGGAAUAAGUACAGCAGCAGGAAUUCCAGAUUUCAGGGGGCCUAAGGGAGUGUGGACAAUGGAAGCAAAAGGUCUGAAGCCUGAGAAAGAUAUCUCUUUCAAAGAUGCCAUACCAACUAAGACUCAUAUGGCACUUGUGAAGUUAGCAGAGGCAGGGAAGAUAUCAUAUGUGGUGAGCCAGAAUAUUGAUGGGCUACACAUGCGAUCGGGUUUGCCACGUUCCCACAUAUCUGAGCUACAUGGAAAUGUCUUUGUGGAACGAUGUGAUAGAUGUGAACGUCAGGUUGUCCUUGCUGCCCCUAGUGCUACUGUAGGCCAGAAGAAGUCUGGAAGGGAUUGCAAAUGGGGAAGAGGUGGGCGCAUUUGUCGUGGACAAAUGCGUGACACAAUUCUUGAUUGGGAACAUGGCCUGCCAGAUGACGAGUUGGCACUCGCUGACUAUCACUCUUGCCUAGCAGAUCUAAGUAUUACUCUUGGAACCACACUUCAGAUUGUUCCAAGUGGAAACUUACCACUCAGUACGAAGAAAUUUGGUGGACGCCUUGUAAUCUGCAAUCUACAACCCACUAAACAUGAUGAAAAAGCAGACCUAAUAAUUCACUGCUAUGUUGAUGAACUAAUGAAUAUGCUAAUGAAAGCGUUGAACAUUCCAAUACCUGAGUAUGACCCAACAAAAGACCCAACACUGUCUUCAGAAAAUGAGAAAAAUGAUUGGACUGUCGAACGUCGCAAUGUAAAAAAAAUGCAAAAGUUAUAUGAAGAAAUGAAAAACAAGAAAGGAGUAGUAAAACGGAAAUUAAAAAAGAUAGAACAUGAAGAUAAGAAGAUUAAGAAGGAAGAUUGUGGUGAAGAAAUUAAAAAGGAACUUUGUGAAGGAGAAUCUCCUGCAAAUAUAACAAUAAAAAAUGAAGCAAUUCCUGAUUGUGGCAUUCCUUGAUAGUAUCAUGCAAUUAGAAUGAAUGAUUUUUUUUAUUAUUUUAACAUCUCUACAAAGAUUUUAAUGUACAUAAAUAAGCUGCUAGGUUUAUGUGAGGAAGUACUUCCAGCUUUUGAUGAUUGUUAUUGUGCACAGACUAAGUAUUUCUUAAACUUUGGGCUACACUGCCAGAACUGUGAUGAUACAGGUUCCCAGUUAUUUUAAAUUCCAUUUAUCUUACGUACAGUUUCAAGUUUUAGAAACAGUUUUUGUACAGAAACAGAUGUCUUAUACAUAAUGUCAGAUUAAUUAUUAAUCUGAUCAGUACAAUGAAGCACUUUUCUUUUAAAAUAAUGCUAUGCAUUAGCUUAUGCAUAUCAUGUGUUGAUAGUGCUUUUGCACUAAUUGUGUAUGUUUGGAGAGUAGUAUGCUCAGUCAAUGAUUUUUAUCUUU